ACGAACUCAGUUUUCGAGAACUUUUUUAAAGUUUUAAAACUAACGUGAAAUGUGCUCAAGCUGAACAUAUUGUUUAAAGACACUGAGAAAAUUAUGAGUGUAAAGGACUGUUUAGAACGUUUUUGACGUUCGCAGACGGCCAAACAUGGCAAAAGCUGAUGAAAAAAGUUUGAAUUUGAUUGAUCUUGUGGAGCAGAAGGAGAAAGAGUGGAAAGAUGCACAAGAACUUCGUGUUAAAUCACUWCAGCUUUCKCUUAAAGAACAAGAAAAAWUAAUUAACARMGAGAAAACUCGCUUUAGGAAACUCAAAGAGGAUUUUGAAUACAAUUUAAAGUUGCUUKCUGAAAGAGAUCAAGAACUYGAGAAAUAUGAYGUGUUGUUUGCAAAGUAUAAAAACCUUGAAAGCGAGCGGGACGGGCAAGUGAGUGAGUUGAAGAUUAAACUAGAUGACCUGCAGUCUAGACUUCUGCAAGAGGAGAACUCGAGAGAGGARCUUCAAAAGUACUAUCAACAAAGACUCAAAGAUCAUCAAAAUGACAUGCAGCAGUUUGUCAUUGCCAAAGAAUCAGAGGUUAAGAAAGAGAGAGAUAAUUUAGAAAAGUUUAAAAGAGAAUUACAGCUUCAGCUAAGAUUAGCGGAAGAAGACAUGGAUCAGCAGCGUCAUUUAAUGAUGUCUGGCUAUGAUGAUGAAUUACACAAACGAGAGCAUGAAUAUCGUCUCAAGGCUGAUGAAAUGAGUAGCAAACUCCUGGAAAAAGACUUGAAGGUUAAAAUGCUAUCAAAAGAAGUAGAAAUACUGCGUUCAUAUGAACAACAAACCAAGACUGAUCUUAGAACAACAGAAACAACAGURCAAGAACUAGAAAAGAAAUUAAAACAAAAAGAAUUGGAAAUCAUGGAUAAUGAAAAUAUGCACAAUGCAAAGAUAAAYGAUAUGGUGUUAGAAGUACAAAGACUCAAAGYUGUCAUGAAGAAAUCCCAGGAUUCCUUUCAACACAAGCAAAGUGAGCUUGAUCGUUAUGCUAAAGAGAAAGAAUCKGCUCUUCUUGCAAGUAAAGAAGUGCAUGAACAGAGAGAGCGUCAGCUUGAAGACACCAUUYGUGAGCUACAGAACAGGAUAGAYACCGCUGAGGUUGAGUGCCGCCGUAUGGAGUGGGAAGCAAGAGACACUGAGAAAGACAAGGAGCUACAAAUAAGUAGACUUCAAAAGAUAAUCUCUGACCUUGAAGAAAARCUCAGUGCACAGGCCAACAAAUUUUCCCAGUCAUCAGUGUCUAAGGACCUGGAAUUAGAUGCACUGCGUCAACAGGAAGAGAAGCUACGCAUGGAUGUUGCUCAAAAGACAGCUGAUAUUGAACGGUACAAAAAGGAUGUUGCCAUGGCAGCAGAAAGAGAAUCCAGUUCUGAACGUGUCAAAGCACAAAUUGAACUGGACUGGCAGCGAAGAUGUGARGAUGCUGAAAGAGAAGCUUACGMAAAACAAGAACAGUUGAUACGCAAUCUCACAAAGACAAAGGAUGAGGCUGUUGCAGCUGUCAAGGAAAAAGAUCGAGAACUUGCCCAACGAGAACACCUUAUAAGGAUACUAACACAAACUAGAGACCAGGCCCUAGCUACCCUACAAAGACAYGGUCUAUCUGUACCURUGGAACUGCCAAGUAAAGAGGAGCCUGGGCCAUCAGAAAUCAAUUCCGAAAAGGAUCAACUCAAGAUAUACCAGGAACAAAAUGAAAACCUGAGGGACGUUAUACGACAGAUGCGUCAAGAGAUGGAGGAACUAAAUAACCAACUUGCAAGCAGACCCCCAUCAGUAAUGGUCCCUUGUGACAAUAGUAGUCAGAUACCUUUAACUCCAGAAUACGUCAAUUCCCUUGAGAAAGAAAUUCGUGAUUUAAAAUCCAAGAAUAGAUCACUCGCAAAACGCCUUGAAGACAUGCCACUUGUACAUAAACCACCGACAGGGACUGGACAUGACCAGGUUAGGUCACUUGGCAAAAUAGAUGAUCCCUAUGUCCAAAGUCACGUGAAAGAAUUGAACGAUACUAUUGGGGUUUUACGACAAGACAAACUUCAGCUGACCGCAGACUGUAAGAAGCACGAGGCGUCUAUUGAACAUCUACGAAGUCUACUUAACCAGGCACAGGACCAGGUUCGUSAAAAGCAGAUGGCAGUCGACCACGCCCAGUACGAGAUAGCUACCCUUUCACGUCGAUCGACCGAAGAAUCCAGUACACUUAAAAAACGCGUGUCAGAAUUGGAAUUACUGCUGACCCAAGUACGGCGGGAAGCUGAUGAAUACUUUAAGAACGGCCUUGAGAGAAACCUGGAAGCAACGACACUUGGCAAUCAGUUGUCAGUUCUCAAACUAGAGCUCGCAUCGCAAGGCAGGUCGACAUCAUCUUUUAAUCCACAAAAUGAACUCAACCACAAGGUCCCGUAUGAACAUCAAAACAAACCCAGCCACGGACAAAGUGAAGUUCCCAGGUCCUCCUCGGAUACCAAUGUGGCGAGACUUCAAGGCAAAUUGAAAACCGCUGCCCAGAGAAUAACGCAGUUAGUUCGAGAGAAAGACCAGCUUAUUCAAAUGGGAAACAAACUAAGAGCAGAGUUGGCGCGUUUUAAAGGUAUCUCUCUGAAUGAUUCCAKAACAAAGAAUAACGAACCCGUACCUCCGCCUUUGCAAAAGCCAACUUCACGYAUCAAGGUUACCCCUGAUGAAAUGACAGAUCAUUUGCAAACCAAACUAAACGCAAUGGAGAAAUUACAGUAUGCACUCACCUCUCACGAGCUUCAGGUCGCACAGCGCAUGGCAGAACAACAGAGAGCUGCCGCUGAACAAGUACGAGUAAAUGUCAAAUCAAGUUCUAGUGAUUCAUCACCGGCGGAGGCUAAUGACGUCAUAGAUGCAGGAAAUCAAGCAAGUCCCCAUGAGAGGACAAGUUCCAGUAUUUCUUCAUUUUACCGUCGUCCUGGUCCUGCUUAUCAAAAACACCCUGAGUCUGCGUUAUCGCUCGGACAGCGGCGUUCUUCUUCCCCCCAUGGUGAUCAUGCGCUUUUCACAUCGUCUUCAGAAGGUCAGGCGUCCUUGCAAGAGAUCUGGAAACUGCUGGAUGAAGAAGAAAGCUUUCKUAGCUUGAGCCCUAUCAAGGAACAAUUUCGUACGCAAUCCCCUGCCGAUAUUCCCGUCCRCGAGGAGUCUGAGGAGAGCAGCGGUUUCACAGUAAAAGGAAAAAAGACAGYGAUGGACGUCAAAUCAAACAAACAAAAACCUGAACUCUCGAAAAGAACUCUGGGAAAAAUGAAAUUUACUCCAAGCAAAAAAACAAUGAUAAGAAAUUAUAAUAUUCGCGAUGACAAAAAGUUGAGUAAACCGAAAUCUUGACGAAGAGAAUUUCACACACAAAAUAAUUUUCUUGCCUUGGAAUGUACACAAAACAUUACGUAGACCACAGAAAAAUCUUUGUAAGGUCGAAUCUCUAUGGUGAAAGACCAGAGUGACCGCUUAAUAGAGGUUGACCGUUUAGGAGAGGUCACUUUUGCAGUAAAUAUAUAUGAUAUGCGACUUUUGGGGUCUUUACUGACCGCUUAAUAGAGGUUGACCGUUUAGAAGAGGUCACUUUUGCAGUAAAUAUAUAUGAUAUGCGACUUUUGGGGUCUUUACUGACCGCUUAAUUGAAUGUUGUCGCUAUAAAAAAGGUUCGACUGUGUACGAGGCUGGCAUUGUUAUGUCUGUUGUAUGCCAU